UAGUGUAGUACCGGCGCUGGCUCCCUGACGCAACGUCCUUCCGGCGGAGUUUCACACGGGAGCGCGCAUUGAUCACGGCCCGUGCGAGCGUAAGGCGCCAGUGACGAGCGGGCUGGCGGCGGUGGCGAAGGCCGGCGCUCCAGCAGCCAGUGAGAGAGUGCCGACCUGUGGAGAGACGCGUGCGCGAUGACGAACCCGUGGCGGAGCCUCGCGGUAGCGAUGGCGGUGUGGGCGGCGGCGGCGGGCCAGACCGGACGGACGCCUGACCCCUCCAGCUGCCAGCGGUACCUGCCCAGGCCGGGCCAGCCGGCCGUCGAGUGUGACCAGGGUCUCCUGUUCGAUGCCGUCUCGCUGACCUGUCUCCCGGCGGCCGAGGCCACGUGUGCGACAGACUCAGACAGCCCGCAGGCGGCGAACCGCACGGUGGUCCGCAAGUGCUGCCCUGAGCAGCAGCAGUUCAGCCUGACGCUGGGCCAGUGCGUGGACCGCGAGGGGCCGUUUCAGCUGCCGUUCUUCGCCCACGAGCCGUUCGACGCGUCAGCGCCGCUGCCCGUGGACGGCGUGGCGUACCGCAUCGUCGCCCAGCAGCUGACGUGCGAGGCGUUCCCCCUGAACACCGACGCGGCUCAGCCGGACGACCUGUUCCUGCUCGACAACGGCAUGUUGUACGUGCAGGCGUACCGCACGCUGUACACCACGGAGGCGUACUGCCUGGAGACAAUGGUGACGGAUGACGCGGGGACUGCGCGGCUCGGCGCCGCCGUCUGCCCGGAGGUGGACGCCCCAGGAGUGCUGCCCCUCAGCGACGACCGCGUGCCGAUCCCGCGCUGCUGCGCCCGCUUCGUGCCGUACGACCCGCUCGAGGGGUGCCGCUUUGACGCCGCGCUGCAGGGCGACGAGCCGCUGCCGCCGCUGGACGGAGGCGACCCAGCCGUACGUGCGGCGCUGGACAGCGCCGGCUUCGAGGCCAGCUUCCGCUACGAGAUCGUCUUCCCCGAGUGUAACGCCACCGACCGGCUGCUGCUGAGCAUGGGGGACCGGCCGUUCUCGAUUGGCGGCGACGGCACGCUCACCUUCCGCAACGGCAACGUCUCCGUCUCGCCCGACAGCUACUGCUUCAACGAGCGCGUGACGGGCAGCAGCGACGAGCGCGGCGCGGCCUUGGCGAGUAUGGCGAUCGUGUGCUCGGACCCGGAGGUGCGCGCAGCUGUGGCGGCGCCGGCGGUGCCCCACUGCGGCGCCGAGCCGUGCCUGCGCAAGUGCUGCCCGCCUGGCCACGAGCUGCUGGUGACGGCGACGGCCAACGGCGCCAGCCAGAUGACGUGCGUGCUGGGCGGCGCGCCGCUGGAGCUGCCGCGGAUCGGCGCCGUGGCGCCGGCGCUGUACGGCGCGCCGAUCGUCUACGGCCAGCCGGCGUGCCCGGGCGGCCUGUUCGAGGUGGAGGAGGGCAACUACUCAGUGCUAGCCAGCGGCGCCUUCCGCCUGAUCGAGUACGACGAGUACGCCUGCAACAACAGCGCGAAAUUUGACGCCAACUCGUCUGCCUACUGUCUGGAUACGAAGCGCGGCAGCAAUCGCUCCGCGCACGCCUUCUACUGCUACAAGGAAAUCGAGGAGGACGACACGAGCGCCGCCUACGUCUUCUUUCCCAUUUUGAUGGGCAUCACCGACUUUUUCCUGCUGGUGACGUUCAUCGUGUACCUCACGGUGCCGGAUCCCACGCAGACGGGGCUGAACAAAAAGCGGAAGCUGUCCCAGAGCGUGCUGGGCAUGAUCCUGCUGGCGUACAUCAGCUCGCUCUUCUUCGCGUACCUGGUGCUGAUGAUCGUGCAGACGGCCACCAGCAUGCUGGCCCAGUACCGCGUCGUCUGUAAGGUGCUCGCUGUCAUCCUGUAUUUCUUCCUGCUGACCGCCUUCUUCUGGCUGAGCGUCAUCUGCUGCGAGAUAUAUAUCACCACAAGGGCGAACAAGCACAUCUCGGGCCGCAAGCGCUUCCGUCUGUACGCGCUGUACGCCUGGGGCCUGCCGCUGCUGAUGGCCAUGCUGGCGCUGAUCAUGGACCUGGCGCCCGGCAUCGACAACUGCAGCGUCAUCAAGCCCGCCUUCGGACGCUAUCGCUGUCUCUUCCAGAACCGGAAGGCGUUCAUCGCGUACUUCUACAUUCCGAUCGGCGUGCUGCUCACCAUCUGCCUGGUGCUCUACAUCCUGACCGUGAAGAACCUGAGCGUGCCGAGCAAGAUGCCCGGCAGGGACGCCUCCACCGCCAACAUGAGCAUGAGCAAGCAGUACGCCAAGCAGACCGGCAAACGGCGGAAGCUGUGCGCCAAGCUGUUUCUGAUCAUGGGCAUCACCUGGGUGGCCGAGCUGCUGUCCUAUCUGAUCGGCGACAGCGUCGUCUGGUACUUCUUCGACGUCAUCAACAUUCUGCAGGGCUUCUUCAUCUUCGUGGCGUUCAUCCUGCGGCCGAAGGUGCUGCAGUACAUCAAGAAGACGGCGCUGCAGUCGCUGAGCCGCUCGUUCGGCCACGAGUCCCAGCAGGACAACGGACAGCCGCAGGGGCGCGGCGCCGGCCCGACCGACCAGGAGCCGGCCGGGCGCGCCGGCCAGGGUUGCCCCUCGCCCAUGACGAUGAGCACCCGCGCCACCAGCGGGCGCGGCCCCGGGCCCGCCGGCGAGCCGUAGAGCGCCGCGGCCACGACGAGGGCGGCGCCGCGGCCGCGUGCUCGCGGCGAAGAACACUACACAGACUGGCCAGGAGGGUCCAAGACCAGGGGUGACCAUACGCGGUUCGGUGAAGACGGCACCCGGCUUGACAGUGGACCUGCCUGUUGAGCGCAUCAGCCGACCACGUCAGGGCACCCGGUCCACCUUCGCACUGGCUGGCCUGAGCCAGUGUCGGUAGGCAGCAUCGGCGACGAAGUACCAUCUCUCGCAGGCGUUGCAGUGGGUGAAGAUAACGACAGCACUGCCCACUGGCGACCGGCGGGCGGGCGAGGCCCGCAGCGCAGCGACCUCGCUGCAGCGGCGCGGGGUGUGGCGACUGCGGAUGCCUCAUCGGUGUGUGUCGGCCAGGUCGUCAGGCGUGUGUCGGCUGGCACUCGCCGGCACGUUGACGGGCCUUCCCUGACGGCGACGGGGGCCGCCGGGCCGCACGGACACCAAUCUCUCGCGCUGUGAGCGGCGCUCGGGACCGCGACGAGGUCCGGCUGACGGUGGUCAUCACUCUCCACGACUGUGCGCCGACCGGCCGGCCGCGGGCGGCGCGUGGUGGCUUGACGACCACGUAGUGCUGUGGGGUCCUGGCACCCCCUGCGCGGCAUGUGCGCAGCUGUGCUUACGGACGCCGGUGCACCGUGACGGUUUGGGCGAUUGUGUGCCAUGUUCUCACGGCCAGGCUGGCGUUCUGCGCCGGUGAUGGAAGCGGCUGUCCGGUGAGGUCACGUGGCGAGGAGACCGACUGCUGUCACCAGUGGUGCUGCGCUGACGCGCGUUCCCGUCUACGUUACAGCGCGUCACCUUGCCGGGCACGGCGGUGCUGCCGGCUUUAACCUGUCCUGUGCUCUGCUGAUUAAAUGCUAUGCUGUUGCCGCGAAAGGUGUUUCGGCUUGGGCGAUUACCUACAGAUUGCUACUGAGGUCAGGGUAGGCCGGCGGAGUUUCAUCUUCUGACGCCCAGUCUUCAUCUCAUGGUCUCAAGGACAAAAGCGGAGAUAGGAACACUGCCCAUGAUUGGCAUGCCCUUGACGAAGCAUGCGGGCGGUUUGGUGAUUUUGUUUUGCUGUAAACCAGUCAUGCAUUGUACAGUUUUAGACUACUGUACGCGUCGUCGGUCGGACGCCACCCCUCCGCAUUGCCAAGCAUUGAGCAGAUCAUUCGCGAUCGCGUUACGCGUGAGUAUGCCAGAUGCCCAACGUUGUCGAUGUUAGGAUAGACGGACCAUUGCUGGUCGUAAGCGGUACUGCUUGAACGAGGGGUGAACAGUGGCUUACCUUGGACCGUUGUUGGAUACAUUUGGUUUCUGAUGCCCUGACUGGCAUGGCUCCAAGAAACGCGUCAAAAGCAUGCGCAUUGCCAGUAGCUUUGUAUCUUUCCCUCGAAAGAAGGGGCUUGAGCGAAGACAGUGUUGUUCGUGGCUUUGUGUUCGAGCUCUGCCUACUGUGCCAUAUCAGUCACUUCGCAAUAAAAUGAAA